AUGAUUUCAAACAAUUCAAAUAAUUUCCAUUGACUGCGAUAAUUUGAACUGUCAUCGCUCGAUGGCGUGGAUAUCGUUUCGUAUGUUUUAAUCUGUCAAAAUUACUGAUUGCAAACAAAAGUAUAUGUAAGUGAUUCACUUUUUGUGAUUUGAUUUUAUUUAAAUGACCAAUGAUGAGAUCAAAAUCAAGGAUCUUGAUUAAAUAAGAGAAAAUGAAAUUCAAUAAUGCACACAUGAAAUUCUGUGGUGCAUGCAUUUUAAUUUCAUUCGCAACAACAUGCUUGAUAAGCAUUUUACUCACAGCCUCUCCCGAGAGCUGUGAUUGCAGUAGUUCACCGCGUACUGCACAACAAAUUCAUUUGGAUAAAAAUGAUGUUUCAAAUUCAAAUGCAAAUAAGCCAAAACUAGCAAUAUUAGUGCCAUUUCGUGAUCGAUUCGAUGAGCUAUUACAGUUUGCACCGCACAUGACAGCAUUUUUAAAUCAACAAUCAAUACCACAUCAUAUAUUUGUGUUGAAUCAAGUGGAUCGCUAUCGUUUCAAUCGUGCAUCGUUGAUAAACGUUGGAUUUGUGUACACAAAAAAUGACCACGACUAUAUUGCCAUGCAUGAUGUUGAUUUGCUACCAUUAAAUAAUCAAUUGCACUAUGAAUAUCCAAAAGAUGGACCAUUUCAUGUUGCUGCACCAGAUUUACAUCCAAAAUAUCAUUACAACACAUUUGUCGGCGGCAUUUUAUUAGUGAAACGUGAACAUUUUGAACUAAUGAAUGGCAUGUCCAAUCGAUAUUGGGGAUGGGGACUCGAAGACGAUGAAUUUUAUGUUCGUAUAAAAGAUGCCAAGCUACCAGUUGUACGACCCAUUAAUAUUACAACCGGAAUAAAUAAUACAUUUGCACAUAUACAUGAUCGAGCACAUCGCAAACGAGACACAGCGAAAUGUUUUAAUCAAAGAGAGGUGACUAGGAAACGUGAUCGUGAGACCGGACUGUCCUCACUUAAUUAUAGAAUAAGCAGCAUAAAUAAAUUACGAAUCGAUGAUGUGGUUAAUGUAACGAUUGUUAAUAUUCAAUUGAUUUGCAAUCAUCAAGAGACCCCAUGGUGCGACUGUAGUAAUGAAAAGAAAUUAUAGACUAAAAAACAUUUUGAUUGACAUACGAUUCAAUAAAUUCGUCAAAAUUUGUAUUAUUUAAAGCA